AUGGCCAAGCGCACCAAGAAGGUCGGUAUCGUCGGAAAGUAUGGUACCCGCUACGGUGCUUCGCUGCGUAAGAUGGUCAAGAAAAUGGAAGUGACGCAGCACUCGCGAUACACUUGCUCAUUCUGCGGCAAAGAGGCCAUGAAACGCAAGGCUGCCGGCAUCUGGGAUUGCUCCAAAUGCCACAAGGUUCAGGAAAUUCGCAAUUAUUUUACCUUACUCAAACAUUUAAGAAAUGAACUAACUUUGCGCCGUUUCAAAGUUUUUAAUAAGUUAUUUAAAAAAAAUACUCAAUGAACUCACAUAAAUUCUAGGUGUAAAUAAUUAAACAAAAAAUUAAGAUUAAGAUUAAUAAUGAAGUUAACAUCAAAUUCAGUGGAAGUUGCACUUUUUUUCAGUUCUAUACUUUUAAUUCUGUGCACGGUGUUUUCUUGAAAAGUUAUCAAAAAACUUUGAUUUGACCUCAUCAAGAAUUUUUGUUCAGAAAAUAUGAUAAUUCGAUUUCCAGACCGUUGCCGGAGGCGCCUACGUUUACGGAACAGUUACUGCGGCCACCGUCCGCUCAACUAUUCGUCGAUUGAGAGAUCUUAAGGAAUAA